CAGAAGGGAACCACCGAAUCUCACAUUUCACUCAAAUCUCACGUCCCCAAUGUCUAGCGCUGAAGCAAACGAGACGUUUUCGCUCUUGCCAUCACGAACCACCCACCCCGAUAUCACCGCCGAAGAAGAAGAGACAAUGAGCAGCCAGGCCUUUUGGAGAGUUGGCGCCAUCUUCGGCGCCACCGCCGUCGGUCUCGGAGCCUUCGGAGCCCAUGGCCUGAAGAAACGCAUCUCUGAUCCCGCAAAGAUUGCCAGCUGGUCCACCGCCGCUCACUACCAACUUGUCCACUCCGUUGCCAUUCUCAUCGCUCGAUCCAACCCGCUCGCCGCUGGUCUUUUCACCGCGGGUGCGACCAUGUUCAGCGGUAGCAUCUACGCCCUUAUCCUCAACCCUGACCUCAAGUUCCUCGGUCCCGUCACUCCGAUUGGUGGCCUUGCCCUGAUUGCUGGCUGGCUUGCUUUGGCUUUCACCAAGGGCCGCGUUCGUUUCUGAGCCUAAGCGCUUCUCAAUGAGAUGAAGUCCAUUGCCGUGCACUUAGUCGUCGCCAAAUGAGUGCAACUGACUCCAUUCAUGUACUACUACCUGUAUCAUAGAUACCUCAGCUACUACGUGCACCUUUGAAUGCAUAUCCACUCCUCCCGAAACAGAUUGUCGC